GGGCCCGGAAGCGGAGGCGCGCACGGGAGGUGGUGCUGGUUCCGCGGGGCUGCGGGGGCUGGAGCGGGUCUGCUGUCCUUGCGGCUGAACCAAAGGAACUAGGCAGGAGCUAAAGGAAGCGGUUGAAGUGGUUGACCAUAGGAGAUGAGCGUCGUCCAGGGCGGGGACUACUCAUGCUGUCUGCGUAGCUUAUUGCUGACAAUAUUUAUCACUUGAGAGCUCCUGGUGCAGUUGGCAGAGGGGAAUGGCUGUGAGAGCUUGUGGCUUGAUCAUCUUCAGGAGGCUGCAGCCAGCACCAUCCUCUAAGGUCACUGACAGCAUCGAGUACCUCCUGCUUCAGACAUCCUAUGGGAGCCACCACUGGACCCCGCCCAAAGGCCACGUGGACCCUGGGGAGGAUGACCUGCAGACAGCCUUCCGGGAAACACAGGAGGAGGCUGGUCUGCAGGCCAGCCAGCUCACCCUCAUCGAGGGCUACAAGAAAGAGCUGCACUACCCUGUCCAUGGCAAGCCCAAGACCGUCGUGUACUGGCUGGCAGAAAUGAAGGACUGCAACACAGAAAUCAAGCUGUCGGAGGAGCACCAAGCUUUCCAGUGGCUGAAGCUGGAGGAUGCUUGCAAAUUUGCAGAAUAUGAGGACAUGCAAGCAAUGCUGAAAGAAGUGCAUCAGUUCCUCUGCUCCAGAGAAUAAGUGUUUUUGUGAAGUAUAAGGGGAUUUCUUGAGGAGACAGGUGUGCUUUUUAUGUUUUAAACUGGAAGAAGAAUUAUAUGGCUGCAGAAAUGUAGGUUUCUUUUUUCUUUUAAUCUGUAGAAAUUCAGUGAGGAUACAAGGAGCUUUUAAAGAGAUUGUGCUUUUGUCUCUCCUAGCUAGCACAAAAAAGCAUAGUCUGAUUGAACCGUAAGUCAGAGAUGUCUGAAUUGAAGCCCAGAGAUAACAAAAGACUUCUUCUGUCUCUGUCUCCUUCUCUUUUUCUUUUUUUUCUCCCUUUCUUUUUCUUCCUUGAAGUGCUGAACAACCACAGAUCUUUUUGAAAAAUCAAACACUUGAUACAUCUUGACUUGCUGAUGUAAAGCUAGAGAGUUGAGAAAAUGAGCAUAUGGGGAUUUUUAAUAACAAAACGCUUACUGCAGAAGUCAUACCUUGAAUUUCAAAUGAGGAAGCAGUAGUUCUAUUCCCAACUCUUCCAGUGAUAACUUGUCAGAUCAUUUCAGGUCUUUUUUUUUGUAUCAUGAAUUUAUGUUCAUCCAUAAUGUACUGUUGUGAGAACGUUUUCCACCCAGACAGUCUUAGUAAAUGAUUGAGGUACAGUA